GAGAGAGGGGAAAGUGCGAGAACGCCGCGCCGGAGAGAGGAGAAGAGAAAAUGGCCGGCGCGGCGAGGGUGCAGCUCGGAUGGCGGCGCUAGUGUAAGACGGCCGAAUAGCGGUACGCGGCGAAACCAGCCGGGCAACCUCCACCGCUGCCACUCGGCGCUCAGUUCGUGUCCUCUCGCAGCGCACGACGGUCGCUGUCGCGUCGACGUCCCGUUUUGCGUCUCGCGGAACAGAAACUGAACAAAAAGAACAGAAAAGAAAAAAAAGAAAGACCAUCAGGAGAAAGAAAGCAGGGAUAGGAAAGAUCGAAGCAGAGACUGUGCCGCGUGAGAAUGAAAAACUGCGUAGUGCGACUCCGAUAAACAAACAUCUGAACGGGAUAGAUGUAACGUACAGUUUCUGUUUUCCUUUUUCGUCGGAGAAUCGGAUCCGGAGUCAGGAACGCGAAGCGCGCUCCGAAGGUGUCCCGUAUACGUCGCGCCGGGGUUCACUCGGCAGUGAAAUAGUCUGCAGUGUGAAAGUGGUGAUAAUCCAGUGCGCGUCGAACGUCGUUACGUGUCAUUGAUAUCCGGUCGUGCGGCGUGGACUAUCCGGGUAAAUUCUUCGGGUGAUACGUAGUAUAUAUACGGCGCAGCGACUCGCGUCGGUACACGGAGUGGCGUGUAAGGGAGAGAAAGAGAAAGAAAGAGAGAAAGAGAGAGAGAGAGAGAGAGAAAACGAAAAGGGGAAAGAGACAGCGCGAGAGAGGAGAGGAGCGUAUAUAGCUCUCCCUCCCCGUCGCGCGCGGUGCACCGCGCCGUCCGUCCACCUUUCGCGUUGCCGCGGAGUGCACGGGAUAAAAUGGCGCUUGCUUUCGUCCGUGCACCUCUAUCGACCGUGACGAACUGUUCGGCGGAAUCGCGUCGGCACCGUUCGCCGCGGCCCUUCUGAGGGAGAACCUCAACGACACGUCCCCGUGCUGACGUUCCCCGUCGUCGCCGUAUCCGAUCGUCAACGUCGAUGUCGCCGUCACCGUCGUCGUGACCGUCGUGCCCCUUUCUUCGAUCCUCGCAAAGUCACCGGGGUACCGUGUGUUGUAUGUGCAAGUGUCGGAGCUACGGAGAGUUCAGUUCUUGCGGUCGCAACGAUUUCGGAGCUGAGCGGUUCCGGAGUGAGCUCUAGAUGCAGCCAUCAGUAAAAUCCAGUAGUAGAGCCGUAAAACAUCGUAUCACCAUGUAAAACAAACAAAAAAUAUCGAUCCCCGUUUACUAUUAAAAGAAGCUACGCACUAUGGAUGAAGCAAGACGAUAGUUCUGUGAUAUAAACUAUUGGGCAAUAUUAUACAUUCAUAACAUUAUCACACAGUCUCCUUUUUGAGACAAGAAAUAUCGAAGAACGCGUGAUUGUUAUUACUGUGUCAUCAGUUCGUUGGAAGAAUUCUAAAGGUAAAUAAAAGCGGCCGUCGGAGCGAUAAGCUGGAGCAUAAGCGGGCAGGGAAAGUAGUGGCCGGUGAGGAAGGCGGAGGUGGUAGUGCCGACGAAGAGGGUGGAGGAAUCCGGCGGUGGCAAUCAGUGGCUGCCGUGACGCGCAAGACGACGCGACGCAAAGCGCAAGGGGAGGUAUGAGGAGGCGAGAGUGACGACGCUGGCCGGUGUGCUGCAUCCUCUCGCACGGAUCGUGAGAGGACCGGCGGCCGUCCACCGCGGCAGCAGUGGGGCCCACACGGCGAUAAGAAUGGCCCCCUUCAAUAUGGCGGGCGUAGCAGGCCUCCUAGCCACCUGCGCCGCCGUUGCUGCUUCCGCUGCCCACCUUCUGCCGUUGCUGCUGUUACUAAUCUGCCCGCGAGGGACCCAGGCGGAACAAGUUGUUCUCUUGGACACGACGACGGAGGAGAAACUCGAUUGGACGAGAUAUCCUUUCGGGCCUCAAGCUAACACUCCUGGUUGGGUAGAGGAGUCUUUUACAAACUUCGACAAAGGUAUCAAUUGGCGGAGUUACGUUGUCUGCGACGUAGCGUACACCAAUGUGAACAACUGGCUGUGGACGCCGUUCAUAGAGAGGGGUCCAGCGAAUCGCAUGUACAUAGAAAUCAAUUUCACGACUCGCGACUGUUCGUUAUUCCCCGGGAACGCUCUCAGCUGUAAGGAGACUUUCAGUCUACUCUACUACGAGUUCGACGCCGCCACCAAGGAGCCACCCCCGUGGGAACCGGAUAGUUAUAAACUUAUAGGUCGUAUAGCUGCGGGCGAGGGUAGGUUCAACACGAACACCGAGGUGGUGAUAAACACCGAAGUGAAGUCGAUUCCGGUGACGAAGAAGGGCGUCUACUUCGCCUUUCGUGAUCAGGGCGCUUGCAUAUCGAUCCUGGCCAUCAAGGUAUACUACAUCAGUUGCCCUGAGAUUUCGGUGAACUUUGCACAUUUUCCGGCCACACCAACCGGUCGCGAGGUUGCGCUUAUUGAGCAAACGCGCGGCAUUUGUGUUGCGAAUGCCGUCAAAAUCGCCCAGCCGACUUUCCUCUGCAAGGGAGAUGGCAAAUGGUAUCUCCCGACGGGCGGAUGCCAUUGCAAACCUGGCUACCAAGCUGACACGGAUAAGCAGGAGUGCAAAGAGUGUCCGAUAGGCAAGUUCAAACAUGAGGCGGGUUCUCAUGCCUGCGAGCCAUGCCCAGAGCACAGCAAAGCUUCCGAUUACGGUUUCACGGAGUGUCGUUGUGAUCCGGGCUAUUUUCGGGCAGAAAAAGAUCCUAAGAAAAUGCCUUGCACACAACCACCUUCGGCGCCGCAAAACCUGACCGUCAACUUUGUCGAUCAGUCCACGGUGAUCCUUUCCUGGAAUGCGCCGCAUAUGCAGGGUGGCAGGUCUGACACGACUUAUAGAGUGGACUGCGAUUCUUGCAGCAUGGGAGUCAAAUACAUUCCUAAUACUGAGAUCUUUAACGACACGAAGAUCACGAUAACUGGCCUGAACGCGGUGACUACUUACCGCUUCCAAGUGUUCGCCGAGAACGGCGUAUCGUCGUUGAUCGGCAAAUCGGAAUACGUGGACAUUACCGUUACGACAGAGGCGAGCGUGCCAAGUCUAGUGAGCAACGUCAGGAUCACAAGUGUCAAGAGUUCAGAACUCAGCAUCAGUUGGGACGCGCCAGAUAUCGGAACUGGUGGAGACAAUGAUCUCGUCGAGCGAUAUGAAGUGAGGUGUUAUCCGCGCUACGACGACGCCACUAAUGCAACCGUCAUUCAAACGUCCGAACUGUCUGCCACGUUCAAAGGUCUCAAGCCUUCCACGGAUUACGCGAUACAGGUUCGCGCUAAGACCACCCGCGGUUGGGGCGAGUAUACGCCGGUGAUAUUUAAAAAGACACCCCACGCGAUGGGUUUAGACUACGUCGGCGAGGACGACAACAUGCAAGUUAGGAUAAUCGCAGGGGCGAUUGUUGCUGUAGUCGUACUUCUCGUGAUUAUUAUCAUCAUGACCGUUUUAAUUCUUAGAAGCAGGGCCUCGGACGAAUGCAACAAGAAACAGCCGAGCGACUGCGAUACCCUGGAGUAUAGAAACGGCGAAGGACUAGUUGUGACCUACAUGCACUGCAAAAUGGACAGUUCACCGAUUGUGACAACCCAUACCAACAACAAGAGCAAGUCCUCGCUGACCACGCCGCUGUUCACACCUGCAGUGGGGGUCGCCGCGGCAGGCGCAGGCAGUGCAGGCGGUGCAGGUGCAAGGAGUUAUGUGGAUCCUCACACCUACGAGGACCCGAAUCAGGCGGUACGCGAAUUUGCCCGAGAGAUUGAUGCCGGAUAUAUCACGAUAGAAGCCAUUAUAGGUGGCGGAGAGUUCGGCGACGUCUGCCGAGGGAAAUUGAAAUUGCCUCCCGACGGACGGACGGAAAUAGAUGUGGCCAUAAAGACCCUGAAACCAGGCUCUGCAGACAAAGCUCGUAAUGAUUUCCUGACAGAGGCGUCGAUAAUGGGCCAAUUCGAACACCCCAACGUGAUAUUCCUGCAAGGUGUGGUGACGAAGAGCAAUCCGGUGAUGAUCAUCACGGAGUUCAUGGAAAACGGUAGCCUGGACACUUUCUUGCGCGCGAACGACGGCAAGUUCCAAGUGCUCCAGCUGGUGGGCAUGCUGCGUGGCAUCGCCAGCGGUAUGCAGUAUCUCGCGGAGAUGAACUACGUGCACCGCGAUCUCGCAGCGAGAAACGUAUUAGUCAAUGCCGCUUUGGUUUGCAAGAUCGCCGACUUUGGGCUCAGUAGAGAGAUCGAGAGUGCCACAGAGGGAGCUUACACGACCAGGGGCGGUAAAAUUCCGGUACGGUGGACAGCACCGGAGGCGAUAGCGUUCCGUAAAUUCACGAGCGCCUCCGACGUUUGGAGUAUGGGUAUCGUAUGUUGGGAGGUGAUGUCGUACGGCGAGAGGCCGUACUGGAACUGGUCGAAUCAAGAUGUGAUAAAAUCGAUCGAGAAAGGCUACAGGCUUCCAGCGCCGAUGGAUUGUCCGGAGGCUAUCUACCAGUUGAUGCUCGAUUGCUGGCAGAAGGAGCGCACCCAUCGGCCGACCUUCGCCAAUCUCACACAGACUUUGGACAAGCUCAUACGAAGUCCGGACACACUGAGAAAAAUCGCUCAGAACAGAAUCAGAGAAAGGGGUGGUCCACCCUCACCCCCACCCGCCUCAUCGGAAUCUUCCAACGUGCAUUUGAGAAACAGGGGCACAAAUCCACUGGCGCCAGAUGCGGUGGAUCUAACGCAAUUGAAUUCCGUCAGCGAGUGGCUAGCUUCCAUCAAGAUGUCACGAUACGCAGAAAGCUUUGAGCGGGCGGGCGUGACGACGUUGGAGGCAGCAGCGCGCGUCACCGUCCAGGAGCUCACGGCCCUCGGCAUAACGCUCGUAGGACAUCAGAAGAAGAUCAUGAACAGCGUGACGGCAUUGCGGGCGCAAAUGUCCGCCACUUCCCAGGGUUUCCUUGUGUAACCAUGACCGCGACCUCAAAUCCCGCGAACGAAUCGUACGUAGAAAUCGGCUGAUUGGCACGGAACAUCGCUAUCCCUAUGGAUCUCACGAAUUUGAGGCGCCCCGACGCAUCGCCUCCGCGAGAAGCGAGACGAUGACCCUUCCAUGUAUCAUCUAGGACUCGUGAUUACCUAGUCAGAGCAACGAUGUCCUCGAAAGAAUAUCUCUUCGCGCGCAAAUAGAUCCGUUGAACUAAUUGGGAGUUGAUUCAUUUGAGGCAAAGCUUUCAUGAUACCUCCGAAACGAUACGCGAACAUCGUCUCACUUUAACCGAGAGAUUCAAAGCAUUCGUGCUGCAGACAUUCCACGUUAGCGAGAGUCGAAAAGAAAUCCAUUCUUCGCAUUUACUCCUCUCAAAGAGAGGGAGUACGAGGACCACGCAUUCGCCAUCUCGCAUAUAAAGUGCAACGACUUUUAUUCAAUAUGUAGAACGACACACCUAUUGCGAAACUUCCGUGAUUUGUAAGUGUCAAAGAAAUCUAACGCCUUACGGAUCAUUCACGAAGCUCGUUUUAGAAUGUGAUUCUUGAAAGAUCAUUGUGAAAGAGUCUUAAUGGGAUCAAAUGUAACAUACUCUCCCACGAACAACGAGCGCCAAAACUCUUUCAUUUCCUAAGCCGUUUCGGUGAUCGAUCUAUCUAAAGAUCAGACUGACAACGGAAAUAAAGCCCUAUAAUCACUGCCGCGAAAUCUUUUAUCACUUAUGAAUGUUCUCCUCUUAGUUUAAAGUAUUUGUGUAACAACUGUUGGAUUGUAUACACUAUACAUUUUUUUCGGAGACUUUCAUUUGAGAUUUACAGCCGAAUUCUUUUUUUUUUUUUACUAUUCUAUUAUCGCGCUUGUUAGGUUUUGUAACAUUUUGUACUGAAUGGCAGCUCAUUUUAAUUCGUAUGUAUCUGCGAUAUAGAACAUUGAACGGCGAACAUAUCGGCCUAAAUGUCGUUCGAAUAUGUCUGUUCCUGGCCUCUUUUAAGUAUACUAAAGUUACGCGUUUGUCUAUAACGAUCGACAUAGCAAUACGCAUCUGACAAGGAAAACUGACGAUUAGAGAAAUAUAGGACCGUAUCACGAGGGAACUGUACCAAAAAUCGGAUCGUAGUUUCCGAAAUCGGUAGCGUGACAACAGUGUAGGUUCAUUAUUUCGUGUAGUGAAUGUAGCGAGUGCAUUACACUAUUACGCAUAUGUCUGGUAAUAUACACGAGAACAAGAGAAUGUUUACUCUUUAUGCUAAAUUACAACUUUAUGCCUUUGCAUUACCUAUAUGGAAACGUCGUACACGCGCGGCCUAUAUGUAUACCUUUCGAUUAUAAUGACAAACGACGAAACGAACGAAGCGAAUAUGUGCCAACGCGAGUGUGCAAGAGUUAUUUUAGCGCGAGACUGCGUGACACGGGAUAAAUGAAUGGAAAAUGAGUGGACGCGUGAAUGUGAGUGUGAAUGAAAUCGGUGAGUGACGAGAAUCUGCAGCGACCCAUUUUUCGCGCUAUAUUUAUAUGUACACGAGCGUGCGAUCGCGAAAUCAUUCUAUAUAUACAUAUACAUAUAAAUAAAUAUUGUGUUAUAAAUACUACACUGUGAAAAGGGACGAACGGAAGUAAAACCAAUAGGAAAAAAGUAUAAGAGACAUCCGUUCGCAUCGGAAAGCAAAGGACGCGAGGAAAAACGAUUUCAAACGCGUCCCCUAUUAGUGAGCAAUGCGUUAACAUAUCAACAUUAUCGCGGAAUGCAAUGCGAGCGCAAGAAGGGACGUGCGUCGUUACUUGAGAUCGAGUUGAAAUUACUCUGAUUGAUCUUCGAUUCUAUUCUCGGAUCAUAGCGAACGACAAAAGAGAAAAGCUAGCCGGAAAAAGAGAAAAAAUAUAAAGAGAAAAUGAAAUGUAAAGUGUCGGAGAGUGUAAGAUAUACGGAAAAAAUACUCACGUAUACGCGAGCAACGAUGCGUGCAAUACGAGGCACGCGCAUUCACGAGAUAACAUUUUUUUUAUUUUUACAGUCCGAUCGAGGAGUUUCCUCGCGAAGCAACGUCCAUUCCAAUACAUAUACAUGUAUCCAUAAUAGAGAACCGUUUCCUUUCCUUAGAGGACAGAAAGAUAGAAGAGCCGAGAAGCUUGUUUUACUGUAUCUCGUUACAUCCGUAUUCGCUAAUCGUAAAGACUGCAUCCUGGAUCGCGAUACGUUAUAUCCGGGAUACACACGUUACUGGCGACUUAUCUUAAAAAGAGACCAACGGAGUGGCAGACAUAUGCGUACGAAAAUAUUACGCGUGAGAUUAAUUAAACGGCUUCCAAGUGAGUUCGGCGAGCCACGGAGAAAUUCUUUUAUUUUCUAAUUUAACGGUUUAACGUUAGUAAUAUAGUCUACGAUGUAUAUCGAGGCAACGUUGGAUCGCGAUAGAGAGAAGCGGAAGGCGUGUUUUGAGAGGCGAGAUUUCUCGCAUUCGACAAGAUACAAGACAACGACAAAGCGAACAUCUUUCGCAAAGUCCCAGCCAAUUCUCCUUCCUUUAAUCAAAGAAGAGGCGAAAGUCUCGCUCCAGCAAAGCGCUAGACCGGUAAUUAAAAUCGAUCGCUUCUAUCUCGAAGCGCGAUCCAACGAUGUUUCCCUCGUAAACGAAAUGUUGCUCGAAGUCAUACCGCGAGCGAGGAAUGUCGGAAUACGCUUUGGUGUCUUUCGACUCGCCGUACCUCCUUCCGCGUAUCAGUGAAGAAACGGAAGAGAAGAGCGAAAAACAUCGUGGAAGGCUGCGCGGCGAGAGCAAAAUCUCCCUUAGGAAAAACAAAAAGAAAAAAAGAGAGAGAGAAGGCUACUGAAGAACGGCGACGAUUAUGAAGCAAUAAGUGAAUACCCAAAUGCAGAUUUUUAUAUAGAGAAUGUUAACAAAUUUCAGAAAAUAUUAAUUAUCGAUAGCGCUAUCUUCCUAAAUGUUCGUAUUAAAGAUUAAACGAGAAAAAAGGUAUGAUAAAACGGUGAGAUUGUGCGGGAUCUCGGCUGAAAGGGAAACGAGAGUCGUGCAUUAGGCGAAUUUGAGCCAUAAUCUCAUUUGUAAUUUACUUCGGUAAUAAUUCAGCCAAGAUCCCGCGGACGGAAGAAAAAGGUUUUAAGAACUUUCUCAAGCUGUAAUUGUCUGUGUUUUAGCGAUGAGUCUGCGAGUGCGACCUGAAGUUUUACGAAUGCUGUUAAUUUCGAUAUUUAGAUUUCAUAGAGCUCUAUCAAUAUCACACAGAAACACACACAUGGCUACUGUUAGGCACAGGGGGAGAGAAAAUAUACGAAAUCGAAAAUAUAUUAGAUGAGAGCGAGGUACGUCGCAUAGGACUUCUCCGAUUUUUCUUUUGUUUUCCUCGAUUUCUCCGCAGAAAUCUUAGGAUCAUUUCCAGUCUACUUUUUUUUUCUUCUUCUAGAAAGGAACGAAAAUUUAC